UCAGGUGUCCUGAAUUUCAAGAGAUCAGAAGUCGAGUUUGCGUGUGAAUAUUUUACCAACGUGAUAGGUUCUUCAUCAUUAGGCACUUUGUAUAAGGGUACAUUGUCAACCGGAGUUGAGAUAGCAGUUGCAGCUAUUGCAUUUACUUCUGCUAAUGAUUGGUCAAAUAGUCUCGAAGCCCUGUUUAGGGACGAGAUUGACACACUAUCAAAAGUGAAUCACAAGAAUUUUAUGAACCUAGUUGGAUCGUGUGCGGAAGAGGAGCCUUUCACGAGGAUGCUGGUUUUCGAAUAUGCUCCUUAUGAAACUCUCUUUGAGCAUCUACACUUAAGAGAAGCUGAACACUUGGACUGGGAAAUGAGAUUGAGAAUAGCAAUGGGCAUAGCAUACUGCCUAGAGCACAUGCACCAAUUGAUCCCUCCAUUAUUCCAUAGAAAUCUGAAUUCCUCAGCUGUGUAUCUCUCCGAAGAUUAUGCUGCAAAGGUUUCAGACUUUGCAUUCUUAGAUGAGAUUCAUGAACCAAAUAUGCAAUCUAAUGUUUACAGCUUUGGGAUCGUACUUCUCGAGAUAAUUACGGGUAGGCUCCCAUACUCGGCGGGUAGUCUUUCGGUUGGAGAUUGGGCCUCGGAUUAUCUUAGCAGAACACAACCGCUUAGAGAAAUGGUUGACCCGACCCUUAAGACGUUUAGGGAAGAUCAACUUCAACAGAUUGGUGAUGUGAUAAGAUUGUGUGCUAAUUCAAAAGCGAUGGAGAGGCCGAAUAUGGAAGGUGUUUGGGCCAAGUUGAGGGUGAUAACGGGUAUAGAGCCCCAUGAAGCAAUCCCGAGAGUGUUGCCACUUUGGUUGACAGAGCUUGAGACUCCAUCUACUAGGGGCCAGGCCCAGCCCAAGGCCAAGGCGAGCAAGGCCGCUGCCGUCUUGGGCCUCCGAAAAAAUCGAGUUUUUAGGGGCCUUCAAUUUUGGUAAAUGCAGCUAUAUUAAACUUGAUUUUUCACAUUUGACACUUCCCAAUUGGAGCUUGAUUUUUAGGAGCUCAAAUUCAUAAGUUCUUUUUGUAUUUUUUA